AUGUCAACAGCCGACCCGAACGGGCCCAGAGUCCUCCUCCCAGCAGUCCUCCCACCAGUCCUGGACGCGCUGCCCGCAGGCACACUCCACCACUACCCACAGCGACUUGGGUCUUCGAGUUCUGGUUCCAAUCUUCCAUCUCUGCAUCUUGCAUCGUUCCACGACUCGCUGUCCCAGUCCCAACCUCCGGCACCAUCCUUCCCCUCCUCCCCGCCUAAAGACUCGGCACAGCUCCUCUCCCCCUCGUCGCCGUCACCAGGAUCCGUGCGCGCUGUCACCGCCGACACUGACGCCGACGCAACGCCCAUCGCCGAGUCUAGCUCCUCGUCCUUGCUCGGCCCUCGCCCACACUCUUUGGCGCAGUACUCCUUCAACGAGCAGACUGUAUCCUCGUCAUCCUCGUCAAGGUCGCUUGACCGGAACCAGCUCCUCUCCCCAUCCCCAAUCAUCCACGGUGACCGCACCGCCGCCGCCGCUGCCGCCGCUUCCGACAGCCCCAGCACCGACGUUCGUCGAGCCGCGAGUGUUUGCGACGACGUGUACACGCGCUCAGUCGCCGACUCGCCAUCUUCCAGCGCCAACGCCAGCGCAAGUCCGCCAGGGAUCUCUGUGACCCGGCCGCCAACAGGAGCUGCAGGUAGCGGUAGCGACCGCCGCGAGCUCGAGGCGCCAGAAGGCGUAGAAGGAACAGCGCCUCGCAAACCCUUGUUCGUGAACCCCGACUCCACCACCACCACCACCUCGUCGUCCACCGCCGCGCUCGGAUCCCUCCCCCUCCUUUCUCCCGUGUCUCCGCUGGACAGCAACUCGUUUGGCGACUUUUCAGGCUACUCGCACGACGACGACGGACCCGUUGCCGACCCCCAGCGCCCGUUAUCGUGGAACAUUGCAACCGCAGCUGCUCAAGCUUCUGCGUCAGGCUCGCGCCCAACAAACCUCUCGAUUGCCACGGGCCGCAACGCUGCCCGUGUCAUCUCGUCGCUCUCAUCGCUCUCGGUGAACAUUCCCUCGCCUCUGACGCCAACACACUCUGGUGGCAGCUUUGACCUCGCCUCGCCGCGUCUUCGCGAAAGUCCAGGUGUGCCCCGCCGACGCACAAUUGUCGAGCCCCACAUCCCCCACCUCGCCAGGAAGAGCGCGUCACCUGUCCGCGUGUCUCGUGUGUCAGCCGACGACGUUGUCCCCCCAUUUGUGAACGGCGAGCGUGCAGAGUACAGCCAACAAGAAAAAGAGCCCCAGCAGGUCUCCUUCCCCAUCCCCGGGUCGCCAUCACCUCAGUCCAAGCUUGUUCCUGGUCCUGCGCGCGCACUAGUUGCAUCGUCUGUCGAGUCUUCUGUACAGGCCGGUACCACUGGCAGCUUUGGGCUUGAAACAUCCGACGUUAGCUACUUGAGCGCUGACCCCAACGACACGACUGGAACCACUACACCAACUGCCGCGCGACCUUCUCCCUUCAUUGGAGAUAUCGGUAGUCCAGUGGACGGACAAGACGAGGCAACCUCACCCACCUCCCCCCUUAAGAAACGCUCUCUCCCGCGCCCUCCCAAGGCCGACAGCUUGGACCGAAUGUCCGCCGUCGAGACGAUACCGAUGCCCAUGCCUAUCCCCAUGCCGAUGCCUGCUGUGCCAUUGCGCCAACAGCAACAACGCUCUUCCACUGUCCAAUCUUCCUCUGUCACGUCACAGACAAUGGCUACUUCCCCACCAACAACAAUGACGGGACUGGGGCUGACAGGGGAACCCAUUUCCAUGCCGUUCCCCAAUGUGCGCCCGUCGCCAAACCGCUCCCCAGACAAGUCGCGGUCCCUGGGGACAUCACCAGGCGUCGACGCUGUCGAGACUUUCCCUCAGCAGCCAAAGUCGUCAUCCAUGCCCGCGCCCAUACCAGUGGGAUUCAACCCGGGCCACAAGCCAUCCAACUCGGCUUCCUACAUGCCUGCCAUCCCAGGUCUUGCGGACGCUGGGCCAUAUCCGACCGCAGCACCGCCCCAGAUCAGCGACACGCGCCGGUCCCUCGCCAUUCCCACCGGCGGUCCAGUUGCGCCGCCGAGGCAGCCGCCGCAGGGCCUGCGACAGCCCGAGGAAGUCUGUCUCGAGUGCAUGAUGCGCGACCGCGACCUCGCGGACAUUGAUGUUCAGGGCGAGGGAUGCUGGGAGCGCGAGUCGGACACUGGAUGGAGGGACCUCAAGGAGCGCGAGAACGAUGUCCUGCGCGCGUGGUCGUCGGACCACUCGCAGCAACUGUCCAUCUCGGCCAUGAGCCACGACGAGUCCAGCCGCGACUCCGAGUCCGUGUCCAGUCCCCGAUCCCACACCAGCGCGCUCGCCGAGGAGCAGCGCCAGGCUGCCUUGCGAAAGCAGAGCCGCGAGGCGCGCCGCGCCAAGCGUGACGAGCGCGAUGCGUCUAUUGCCCGUGUGGGCUGGCGUGGGUUCAAGUGGGAGGAAGGCGCCGGCGGUGAUGGCUUCCCCCGCGGAUUCCGUGGUACGCGUCCAGGCGCGUUGACCGAGAAGGGGAUCAAGAAUGUCAUGACAAUGUACCCUUCAGCUUCUGCUCUCCGCUACCAGAUCCUGCAGAGCUACCUGCGCGGACAGUACCGCAUGAUCCUCGAGAUCCGGUCCGAGGCACAGCGUUUGGGUCACUAUCCCGACCCCGAAGAGCCGUACUAUCCCGACUCGAACGAGACCAGCCAAGAGAAUGGAGUGGCCAGCAGCUCACGCCGCGGCCCAAGGCAGACCAGCAUCGACCACGGCGCGCCGUCCCUCAAGGCCGUGUCCGUCAACACUGCGCGCUCUGCUCCAGUUGCCCCUGUGCCGUCUCGAGAGCUUCUCGGCCUGCGCCAGAGCCCGUCCACUCCGGCCGGUCUCGGCAGUCAGGUCACGCAGCGCGCUCGUCCCAAGACGCAGUACUCGGAGCGUAACGUGGACAUGCCAGCCCUCAACAACCGGCCGUCGCUGUACCUCAGCACUGGACCUAGCCCACCUAGCCAGCUGUCGCCGACCCUCCCGCAGAACCGUAUCAGCCACUACAAGGCGCCCAGCGGCUCGACAAAGGGCCGCGACUCGCGGUACUACACCGACGACUGGUCAGACGACGAAGGUCUCUGGCCUCCUGCUUCUCCAGCAUCGGGCAACCUCCGUCCGUUCUCGUUUGCCGUUCGUGCAGGCGCUGCUCGCGGCGAGGGUAGCGAAGGCAGCCACAACCGUCGCAGCUUCUUUGGCCGGUUCGGUGGCAGUGUCACGAGUCUGUUUACGGGCUCGCAUGGUGGCAGUGGAAGCAUGAUGGACAUGCACCUCGGCCUCGAGGCUGAUCGCCGGAACCGCACGUCGUCGUACCAGGUCCACGAACCACCUCGCAUCAUGCCCUCGCUGUCGCCCGCGCGCCCUCCCAUGCCUGGUCGCCAGCAAUCCGUGGGAUCCUCGACGUAUGUGCCCAACGAGGAGCCUCCCGCACCGCUUCGCGAGCGUCGUGCACGUUCCGUCAGCACGUCACGCCUCACGCAGAUGUCUCUGUACGACGACUUUGAGGUUCCGAACAAGAAGAAGGGCAUCAAGGGCCUGCUCCAAAAGAUGAAGCCAAAGGGUAAAAAGGACCGGCCCGAGACGCUUGUGGUGCCCAACCACCAUACCGAAGAGGUGCGCGUUUCGUCGGCUGAGCUUGCCCCGCCUCCACCCAUGGCGUUCCUUGUCGGCCACAACCGCCAGCGCUCCGGGUCGAGCUCGUCCAUGGCCAACGACUCGCAGUCGUCGCUGUCGCCCCAAAUCAACUCGCCCAACAGCACGCUUAACACUACUCGUUCGGUCUCUGCACCCAUUGGCGGUGCCUCGUCUGGUGGCAGUGGCAGCGUGAGCCCUACAAGCUCCCGCUUCCAGAUGGACCAGGUUAUGACUCCCCCGAGCCAGCCGGGUCUUGGCCCUCCCCGUCGCCGCACUGAGCCUGCCCCCGAGCUCCCGCCCGGCGCCGACGCAGGCUUCAACCCCCAGCGCGGCUCCGUCAUGGAGAUGCUCACGGGCAGUUCGCACGCGAGCAACUCGAACGCCCUCGUCACCCCAGACACGCCAAAGUACGACGAGCCGCAGUCCAUCAACUCGCGCGAGUCAAUGUUUGCGUCCAACGGCGUCGACCGUGCUCCUUAUGGCACGUCUGCGUAUCGCCAGAACACCCAGCAGUCCGUGUCGAGCCGCUAUUCGGGCAACCUCGAGUCGCCAGACCUCAACUCGGCCUACCUCAUGCCGCAGGGCAACACGAGCCCCAACCGCCAAAAGAACCUGCCUCCUCUCCCGCCUGGGAUGGCGCCUGGGAUGAUUUCCCCCAACGGCCUGGCACCUGGCGACAUGUACGCCGACUUUGACAACCAGUCGAUCCAGCUGCGUGCGCGCAUGUACGACCCCAAGCAUAUGGGUGGCAACCAGCGCACGUCUGUGGCUGUCUCCGAGGCCCCAACCGUGCACCGUGCUGCCCUCCCCCCGUCGUCCGACUACUUCCCCACCGCGUCGCCGAGGUACCACCAGUCGUCUCUGUCGCAGCAGUCCAUGGCGUCCAUCACGCCGUCGAUGAACGGUCAGGCCAACGGCAUCAUCCCGACCCACCACCAGCAGCAGCAGCAACAGCAGCAUGCCAACGGCCCCAGCCCGCCAUACCUCCAGCCGGCACGCACGAUCCAGCCGCGCGCCAGCUUUGACUUUUUGUCGUCGGACAGCCGCGUGCGUCGCUCCACCGCCGUGUCGCCCAUCAACCUGAACCUGGGCGCCGAAGACCUGAUGGACUUUGACCAGCAGCAGUCCGGCCGCAACGUCCAGAGCAUGUACAUGCAGCGACCGGCCGCGGCAUCGACCGGCAGCUUUGGACGGUUCCUCAAGACCGAGAACCGCCACACGGUCGUCGACAGCGUGCCCCAGACUGCCGACAAGAAGGAGCGCAGGAGGGGCAUCAAGUCGAUCUUCUCAAAGGCAAAGUAA